UUAACCCCUUUGGGUCUAGGCUGGACUGUCAGAUUUUUUUGUUUGCGCCAAAAAAAACAAAAUGAGAGCGAGAGCGAGCGGGAGAGAGAGAAGUGCAGAGAAAUACACCAGUGUACUUCUGCACACGCAACAGCUAUCUCCACCUGUAGGCCAUGAGAGAAGCCGGCGACAGGGUGGUGGCCACAGACAGGGUCGUAGAAGGGUUGAUAGGUGGUCGCGCUGUGGUCAGUAGGGCAGGUUAGCUGUGUAGACUUCGAAAUGAUCAGUCGUCUAGCUGCCUCAACUAGUCUAUUUUCGGUAUAUUGUAAAUGAUCAGUCCAGAGAGGGCAAAAUGAUCAGUGAAGACCCAUAGCUGGUAUUUGUACUUCUGUACUUCUCUGUUCUCUGUCCCCCCCCG